UUGGGGAAUUGCUGGCAGUGCCGUCUGCUCACCACGUGGCUGCUACUGCUGCAUUCCCACUCAUCUGUGGCUCCUCCUGGCGCCUCUGACUCGUCGCCUCUCUUCAAGAGCGAGCCGGCACAGUGCGGCGUCGCAUUCUAAUUUGACAUCACAAGGACGGAGGUGGUGGAGGAGGUGGUGAUGGGGAAGGUAAUGGAUCAUGAAGGAGGUGGUGAUGGAGGAGGUGGCGAUGUGCUCUCUGGCUGCGCAGGGUUUGCCAGGGGAGCUGGGGAAGCGGGGCCCCCCAGGGUCUGGGGGCCCCCGGGGGCCGCGGGGCGAACCCGGCCUGGGCGGGGGGCCUGGGCAACCGGGGCAGCCGGGGUUCCCGGGGUUCCCCGGAGCAAAAGGGAUCAAAGGGGACACAGCUUCAAUCCCGCCGGGUCUGAUCGGACCCCCGGGUGAUUCUGGAUUUCCUGGGCGCGAUGGCGAGCAGGGCCCGGCCGGGAACUCCGGCCGCCAGGGCCCGCCCGGGACGCCGGGACGCGACGGGCCCCCGGGCUCUGCAGGACGCCCCGGUGCCCCAGGAGACCCGGGAGACGACGUCCCCGGGCUGAGAGGGGAGCGUGGAGAUGCGGGAGACGUUGGGUUUCCGGGACCCAAAGGCUUCUCUCGGCUGGUGCAGCCUCCACCACAGCCACUCACCAAGGGAGAGAAGGGUGACCCCGGGGACCCGGCGCGUGGCGGGGAACAGGGUCCACCAGGGCCCAGAGGGCAGUCGGGCUUCUCUGGUGAGCCAGGGGAUCCGGGAUUUCCGGGGCGGCCGGGGUUCGCUACGGGCGCACCGGGGGCCACCGGCCCAGAGGGGUACCCUGGGAGGAAGGGUCAGCCAGGAUUCCCGGGGUCACCAGGAAACCCAGGAUUUUCGGGGUUAAAGGGUGAACAGGGAGAUCGGGGUCUUCCAGGUCCUGAACCGUUCAGUGUGGGGCAGGAAGGCCCUCCCGGAGACACGGGGUCCCCUGGGAACCCCGGCCCGUCCGGUGCCCCCGGGAAUAGGGGGACCCCAGGAUCUCCCGGUCCUCCCGGCCAGAUCAUCGGUGGCCCAGCUGAGGAUGGUAUCCCUGGGUUUCCAGGCACGCGGGGGCCCAAGGGGUACUCCGGGGACCCCGGGGCCCAGGGGCAGGGGUACCCCGGCGUCUCCGGUUGGGAUGGAGCACCGGGGCCCCCUGGAGCUAAAGGGGCCAGCGCCGGGCAAGCCGGUGGGGGUGGCGGCGGGUCUCCCGGUCAACCCGGGGUUCCCGGACGAGACGGCCCUCCCGGAACUCGUGGGAGCCCAGGCAGCCCCGGGGACUGUGAUUGCCGCUCCAUUGCCGGGUCCCAGCCCUUCCCCGGCCGCCCUGGAGCCCCCGGCCCUCCCGGCCGCCCGGGGAUGUUCGGGGGCCUGGGCCCCAACGGGAGCAGAGGAGACCCGGGGCCCUCCGGCCCCACGGGCCUCAACGGCCUGCCCGGUGCGCCAGGACCCACAGGGCCCCAGGGGGAGAAGGGGGAGCGCGGGGAUCCAUCCAGGGUCUCUGCUACAGCUAAAGGCGAGAAGGGCAAUCCUGGUUUGCCAGGGCCGAGCGGACAACCUGGUCAGCCUGGGUCUCCGGGGUCAAGAGGACGAGAUGGGAACCCCGGGUUCCAGGGCCCCCCGGGAGACGCCGGCAGCAGCGUCCGGGGGGACAUCGGCCCUCCUGGGAACCCCGGGCGCCUGGCCGCCCCGGGGCAGCCCGGUGCCCCGGGGAUGGGGCUGGUCGGACUGCCGGGGGUUCAGGUACCUGGCGACCCUGGGAUUCCAGGUCUGCCCGGCUUUCCCGGCGCACGGGGACCCCAAGGUGACACUUUGCCGUGUCCUGUGAAGGGAGAAGCCGGCCGAUCGGGGCUGCCCGGAUUACCGGGCCCAAGAGGACCCCCGGGGCUGGACGGAUUCCGAGGGACCCCCGGGUUCCUGGGGACCCCGGGCCUCAAGGGGGACAUGGGGGACCCUGGGGUCCCAGGAGUGGGGGGCACACAAGGCUUCCCUGGGCUCCGUGGGGACCCAGGGCUGCCAGGCUCCCCGGGGCGACCCGGAGCAGCAGGGUCACUGGGGCAGCCCGGCCGACCCGGGACUCCGGGAGGCAAGGGGCCCCCAGGGGAUGUGCUGGGGGCCCGAGCCGGAGAGCCGGGGCCUUCAGGGCCCCCCGGGCCCCCCGGGGAGAAAGGGAUUCCCGGGGACCGUGGCCGGGAUGGGGAGAGAGGCAGGGACGGACCGCUUGGCUUUCCCGGGGUCAAGGGCGAUCGAGGGGUCGGCGGAUUCCCCGGAAGCCCAGGGCCCGACGGAAGGCCAGGGCCCUCCUCGCCGGGGCCCGCAGGCCUUCCCGGGCCCCCGGGGUCUUCAGGCCGGCCCGGCCAGAAUGGCUUCCCUGGCUCCCCGGGGCCGCAGGGAGACCCCGGGCUCUCGGUGUCCGAGGGAUACAAGGGGCUCGCCGGACCCCCCGGAUUCCCCGGGCGGCCGGGACCUCCUGGACCCCCCGGGUCUCCGUCUUCUCUGGGCCGGGAUGGGAACCCUGGGCAACCCGGCUUCCCCGGCCCCAAAGGAGACCCCGGGAUCCUAGGCUUCCCAGGCUCACCUGGGCCGAUGGGACGCUCAGGGGAGCCCGGCCUGCGCGGCCCACAGGGUCAGAACGGAGCCGCGGGCCAGCCCGGGGCCCCAGGGGCCAACGGCAGGAAAGGUGAGGGAGGAGACCUGGGGCAGCCCGGCCUCACUGUGGCCGGCCCUGACCUCCGCGGGCAGACAGGGGACCUGGGAGACACGGGGUUUCCUGGGACCCCGGGGUUCCCCGGUCGCGCAGGAGACCCGGGCCCCAACGGGAGACCAGGGGCCCCGGGUCGUCCCGGUUUCCCCGGCGCUCCCGGCUCCUUGCUGGGCCUCGUCGGAGACCCUGGGCUCCCCGGAUUUGCCGGAUUGGUGGGAGUCAAGGGCCGCGCUGGUUUUCCUGGACCCCCCGGAUUCCCAGGAUUUGUGGGACCCCCGGGAAGUGACGGCUUCCCAGGGCGCCCAGGAGACCCCGGCGGUGCUGGAUUCCGCGGCGCUAAAGGAGAACCGGGAGAUGCCCGGGGUCAGCCGGGCCCCCCAGGCUUCAAGGGCGAGGCAGGGACACCAGGGUUGCCUGGGGCCCCGGGCGAGGCUGGGUUUCCCGGGGAGCCUGGGCCCCCUGGUUUCCCGGGUGGAUCUGGACCAAGUGGUUUCCGUGGCGACGCCGGAUCCCCCGGUUUUCCAGGAGGUCCGGGUUCCCUGGGUGACGUUGGGGAUCGAGGCCCCGAUGGGUUUAACGGCCUCCCUGGGCCCCUUGGCCCCCCCGGUCCGAGUGGGCCCCCCGGCUCCCCAGGGUUUGCUGGGAGCCCCGGGCUCACCGGACUGGACGGGCUACCAGGAGGCAAAGGCCCCCCCGGCCCUCCCGGUGUGGGGGUGCCGGGUCCCUUGGGGCCCCCAGGACGGGAUGGCUCACCUGGGACCCCCGGAACGUCUUUUCCAGGGUCGCCGGGGGAACCUGGGGGGCCUGGGUUGCCAGGAGAUACUGGAUUCCCUGGGUUUCCUGGAGUGCCGGGACCCCCUGGGGAGAGGGGCCCUGUGGUGGGACCCCUUCCCGGGGAGCGCGGGACCCCGGGGUUCCCGGGGAGGGAUGGGGAGCCAGGGCGGCCUGGGUCCCCUGGCCGCCCGGGUGCUUUGGGACCCUCAGGGCCCAGGGGGAAGCCCGGCUUCUCUGGGGGCCCCGGAGGAAGUGGGGGCCCGGGGCUUGAUGGAGAUGCCGGAGCUCCUGGGACACCCGGCAGCCCUGGCUCCUCCGGAUACAAAGGCGGCCGUGGAGAUCCUGGCGGACUGGGAUUCCCCGGGCAGGAAGGCUUCCCCGGCGACCCUGGGUAUCCUGGAGAGCAGGGAGACUCGGGAUGGCCAGGCUCACAGGGCCCACCCGGGGCCCUUGGCCUGCCGGGCCCACAGGUGGACUUCACCGGCCUGAGGGGAGCGCCGGGGCCCAUCGGCCCUCCUGGGGAGCUGGGACUGGCCGGGCCGCCCGGUCCCCCGGGCCCCCAGGGAUUCCCAGGAGGCAGUGGGUCUCCGGGGCGUCCAGGGAAACAGGGAACCGACGGGUUCCCUGGCAGGAAGGGGGCAGCAGGGGAGCCGGGCCCAGCAGGGCCCCUGGGGCCCUCGGGACUCCCAGGCGAGCGGGGCUCCCCAGGGGCGGCGGGCGCGCCGGGCCUGGUGAGCGAUGCUGCGCUGGUGCGCGAGGACGGGGGAUUCCUGCUCGUCAAGCACAGCCAAUCGAUCGAGGUGCCUGCAUGCCCCCAGGGCAUGGCGCGCCUGUGGGAUGGCUUCAGCCUCCUCUACAUCGAGGGCAAUGAGAAGGCCGCCUCGCAGGACCUGGGCCUGGCGGGAUCGUGCCUGCCGCGCUUCAGCACGAUGCCCUUCGUCUACUGCGGCGUGGACGCCGUGUGCAGCUACGCGUCGCGCAACGACAAGUCCUUCUGGCUCUCCAGCACCGCCGCCAUUCCCAUGAUGCCCGUGUCCGGAGACGACAUCCGCCCCUACAUUAGUCGGUGCUCGGUGUGCGAGGCGCCGACACAAGCGAUCGCUGUGCACAGCCAAGACAGUGAAAUUCCACGGUGCCCGCCAGGGUGGCGAAGCCUCUGGAUCGGCUACUCCUUUCUCAUGCACAUGGCGUCGGCGGAAGGUGGCGGGCAGCCGCUGGAGUCUCCGGGCUCGUGCCUUGAGGACUUCCGCACGUCGGCCUUCCUCGAGUGCCAGGGCCCGCGUGGCACCUGCCACUACUUUGCGGACGAGCAAAGCUUCUGGCUGACGCGCGUAGCGGCCGCCUCCCAGUUCGCGCCGCCGCGGCCCGGCACCAUCAAGGACGCGUUCGGGCAGCGGUCACGCAUCAGCCGCUGCCAGGUCUGCUUGAAGAACGUGUGAGCGGCGGCGGCGAGGCGGCCGUGCGGUGGGAGGAAGGGGGGGCGCCACCACGAUGGGCCCCGCCGGUCCAGCCGGGGCCUUUGGGGGGGGGUGCAGGGGGGGGGGCAUCUCACGUCCGUGCUCGUCCAUUACUUAUCAAGCCGACGGAGGCUCGAUGCCCCCCACCCCACCCUGGUCAGGAUUGUGUCCGCGGGCAGUGUUAUGACGGAAUGGUGUUACCGGUGACGUCUAAUUUGCGUUCGUGACUCCGGCGCGCGGGUCUCACACUCCGGCGCGGGGGGGGGGGGCACCACGGAGAUGCAGGAAGGAGCGCGGCACCGGCGCCGCCUACGUGCGCCCGACCUCUGUGGUCCCGUAUUGGGAAUUUGUUGGCGACUCGAAUGGCGGGUGUCGUCUCGUGCUGGGAGAGGCUCCCAGCUCACCGCGGUACCCCAUGGAGUCUCCUGGAAAUUUGGUCGCCUCGGCGGAAUCCCGCUCGGUGCUGCGGCUGCGAUUGUGACAGGGAAUCGACUCGAAGUUCGGCGUUCCCUCAGGUGGCCAAUCGGUGAGCGCCAUUUGCCUGCUGCUGUUGGCUGCUGUAUGUACUUCGGUGCUGUAGAUUAAAUGGGAAUUGCUACGACUGGUGCUAUUUUAUAUUCUCCCCCCACCACGCCCCGUCUGCUCUGAGUGGAACGCUCCAUCACACUCGGGUGGAGGAGCAUUACAUUGCUGGCAGGGGGUGAGUGGGACACAGCUACAUAGGGACGUGAAGCUAACUCGGCGGCAAUGGACCCCAGCGUCUCCCUGUAUUGCAUGUCCUUCACGACGUAGUUAUACGCAAUGCCUUCAUUUACUCAUCAUCAUCAUCAACCAUGACCAAUCCACUGCGAGAUGAAGACCUCUCCAAGCCACCACCACCUCUCAUGAUCCGGCCAUCGAGUAAUCCACCUGGCAGAUCUCCCCCCCUUGGUGGAUGUUCUCGGAUUGCUCUUGCCGCUGGACGACUAUCGUCACGCCGUGCUCUCGGUGCAGCUAAAACAGAAACUGAAACCAUUGGUGCUUACAGGUGUGAGCUAGGAGCACCAAGUCUCAAGAUCGAAUGUAAAAGGAAGGCAUGUUCAGGGUUAUGUGCGUGUUGAGUAGCGCGUGUGUCUCUGUUUUUGUGUCUGUUUAUUGUGGGGAACGGUGGCACAGUGGUUAGCAUGCUGAGUUACAAACCCGGCGACCAGCGUUUGAUUCCUGCUCACGGUCAACACCAGCGACGAUUUUCUGGACCAGUCCCGGGCCUCUCCUGGGUCUACUCAGCCUUAAAUGAGUACCCGGUGUGAUGUGUCAUCAUCACUAGGGCGACAAAGGCGGCCGGGCGUGGUUCUAGCCACCCACCCCCUCGUGUACUGUACCGACCUUCAUAGGUGCUACUUGCUAACAGCACUUGCCC